AUGGCUUCUGAAUAUGCAAAUUUACUCCCCAUCAACGGAAGAUGGAAGCAACACAUUACCGACUACCUCUCGGAGGACGUUCCAUCUUUUGACUAUGGAGCAUUCGUGGUGGGAAGUAAGCAAGAGACUGCUUCGUUGUACAUGAAGCAGUCAGGAUUGAUUUGUGGUGUUCCUUUCGCUGCUGAAGUGUUCAAGCAAUGUGAACUUGAGGUUGAGUGGCAUUAUAAGGAAGGUCAAUACAUCAGUGCUGAGCAAUUGGCUGCCAACAAGGGCAAGAUCGUGGUAGCCACUGUCAAGGGCCCAGCGAACAAGAUUUUGCUUAGUGAGAGAACUGCGUUGAACUUAAUGGCCAGAUCGUCAGGUAUUGCUACCCAAUCACAUAUUACUAAGAAGUUGGCUGACGAAAGUGGAUACACUGGUCUUAUUGCAGGAACCAGAAAGACUACCCCGGGUCUUAGACAAUUGGAGAAAUACUCAAUGUUGGUGGGAGGUGUGGACCCUCACAGAUACGACUUGAGCUCCAUGGUAAUGCUCAAAGAUAACCACAUCACCUCCACUGGAAGCAUCACCGAAGCUGUCAAGCUGGCCAGAAGAGUGUGUGGUUUCGCUGUAAAGGUUGAAGUGGAGGUGAGCACCGAGGAUGACGCUAAGGAAGCCAUCGAGGCGGGUGCAGAUGUCAUCAUGUUGGACAACUUCACUGGUGCCGAGUUGCAGGAGGUAGCCCGUAGCUUGAAGCAGUACUUCAAGGGCUCUAACAAGAGCUUCUUGUUGGAGUGCUCGGGUGGCUUGACUUUGCAGAAUUUGAGCUCAUACUUGUGCAACGACAUCGACAUCUACUCCACGUCGUCCAUCCAUCAGGGUACCGGUAUUGUUGACUUCUCUUUAAAGAUCAAUGCGUAA